AUGUCUUCAACCGGCAACACCAACCCCGGCAACUUUGCCAAUCGCCCCAAGGAGGAAGUCUCCGAGAUUGCGAAGAAAGGAGGUCAGUCUAGCCACGAGGGCGGAUUCGCGAGCAUGGAUCCUGAGAAGCAGAAGGAAAUCGCAUCCAUGGGCGGUCAGGCCUCGAGCGGAUCGUUCGAGAAGGGCAGUGAAGCAGCCAAGGAGGCUGGAAGGAAGGGCGGAUCUUCUUCUUGA